AUGGGAAUCACUGGGAGAAUCAGACCGGCACCAAAAAACGAAGAUGAAAUGAUGGUUGCAAUUUUUGAAUACAUUGACAGACUUUUCAAUAUAGUAAGACCAAGAUGACUUCUCUACAUGGCAAUAGAUGGAGUGGAACCACGUGCUAAAAUGAACCAGCAGCGUUCGAGGAGGUUCAGAGCAUCAAAGGAAGGAAUGGAAGCAGCAGUAGAGAAGCAGCGAGUCAGGGAAGAAAUACUGGCAAAAGGUGGCUUUCUUCCUCCAGAAGAAAUAAAAGAAAGAUUUGACAGCAACUGUAUUACACCAGGAACCGAGUUCAUGGACCAUCUUGCUAAAUGCCUUCGCUAUUACAUAGCUGAUCGUUUAAAUAAUGAUCCUGGGUGGAAAAUUUUGACAGUUAUUUUAUCUGAUGCUAGUGCUCCUGGUGAAGGAGAACAUAAAAUUAUAGAUUACAUUAGAAGACAAAGAGCUCAGCCUAACCAUGACCCAAACACUCAUCAUUGCUUAUGUGGAGCAGAUGCUGAUCUCAUUAUGCUCGGCCUUGCUACAUAUGAACCCAACUUUACCAUUAUUAGAGAAGAAUUCAAACCAAACAAACCCAAGCCAUGUGCUCUUUGUAAUCAGUUUGGACAUGAAGUUAAGGACUGUGAAGGUUUGCCAAGAGAAAAGAAGGGAAAGCAUGAUGAACUUGCAGAUAGUCUUCCUUGUGCAGAAGGAGAGUUUAUCUUCCUUCGUCUUAAUGUUCUUCGUGAGUAUUUGGAAAGAGAGCUCACCAUGGCCAGCCUACCGUUCACAUUUGAUGUCGAGAGGAGCACUGAUGACUGGGUCUUCAUGUGCUUCUUUGUGGGAAAUGACUUCCUUCCUCACCUGCCGUCGUUAGAGAUUCGGGAAGGUGCAAUUGACCGUUUGGUUAACAUAUACAAAAAUGUGGUUCACAAAACUGGGGGUUACCUUACAGAAAGUGGUUAUGUCAGUCUGCAAAGAGUACAGAUGAUCAUGUUAGCAGUUGGUGAAGUUGAGGAUAGCAUUUUUAAAAAGAGAAAGGAUGAUGAGGACAGUUUUAGAAGACGACAGAAAGAAAAGAGAAAGAGAAUGAAGAGAGAUCAACCAGCUUUCACUCCUGGUGGAAUAUUAACCCCUCAUGCCUUGGGUUCAAGAAAUUCACCAGGUUCUCAAGUAGCCAGUAAUCCGAGACAAGCAGCCUAUGAAAUGAGGAUGCAGAAUAAUUCUAGUCCUUCAGUAUCUCCUAAUACGAGUUUCACUUCUGAUGGCUCCCCGUCUCCGAUAGGAGGAAUUAAGCGAAAAGCAGAAGACAGUGACAGUGAACCUGAACCAGAGGAUAACGUCAGGCUUUGGGAAGCUGGUUGGAAGCAGCGGUACUACAAGAACAAAUUUGACGUUGAUGCAGCUGAUGACAAAUUCCGUCGUAAAGUUGUACAGUCGUACGUUGAAGGGCUCUGCUGGGUUCUUCGAUAUUAUUACCAGGUACAAAAUGAAUAUUUUCCUCUAAAUUUUAAACGACUGGAACAACUUAUGGGAGUUUUUCCAGCUGCAAGUGGUAACUUCCUACCUCCAUCGUGGCGGAAGCUCACGCGUGAUCCUAUGACCAGUAAAAUGACUCAAAGAGAAUUGUGGCGCAAAGGGGGGUAA